AUGCUGCUGAAGGCCGCGCUACUCCUCUGGCUCCUGGCCGCCUGCCCAGGUGGGUGCGGGCGCGGGGGCGGCCGGGCAGCAGCAGCAGCAGCAGCGGCGCUCCCGCCCGCAGUGUCCCCGGCCGAGGCGGCGCAGAGCGGGCUCUGGCAGUACCUGAGCCAGCUGACGGGGGACAAGGACAGCCUGGAGCGCGGCCACAGCAAGCUGGGCAGCGACAGCACGAACCUGAAGGAGAGCAUUCAGGAUGGGGUCAGCUCCAUGGGGGCCUUCCUGGAGAAGCUGUCCCCGCUGGGCAGGGGGCUGCAGCCCCCCCGGCUGUACGAGGACCCGGCCAGCCUGCGCAAGGCCCUCCGGAGGGAGCUGGACAGCCUCCGCCUGCAGCUGUCCCCGUACGUGGACGAGGUGCACCAGCAGGUCGGCAGGCAGCUGGACGAGCUGCGGCAGCAGCUGCGGCCGCUCACGGAGGAGCUGCUGGACCAGGUGUCCCUGCGGGCCCGGGAGCUGCGGCGGCACCUGGUGCCCAGCCGGGAGGUGGCGGCGCAGCUCCUGGACGGCGCUGACGAGCUGCAGCGCUUCGUGGCUCACUACGGCGACAAGAUCGCCUUCCACACGGAGCAGGUGAAGGACAUCUUCCAGCCGUACGCCGAGCGGCUGCUGAGCGAGAUCCACCGCAACGUGCAGGAGCUGCACCGCGGCGUGGCCCCGCACGCCCGCGCCAGCCCCGAGCAGCUCAACCAGCACAUCCAGGAGCUGUCGGCCAAGCUGACCCGCAACGCGCGGGACCUGCACCGGCAGAUCCAGCGGAACCUGGAGCAGCUGAAGGCCAAGCUGAGCCUGUACCCCGGCGGGGCCGCGGCGCCCCCGGGCCGCUCCCGGGAGGCGCUGGCGCGGGAGGUGCAGCGGCGCGUGGAGGAGUUCCGGCGGGACACGUACGCGCAGAUCCAGGCCUUCACCCGGGCGCUGGACCAGGAGACCGAGGAGAUGCGGCUGAAGCUCAGCGCCCGCCCGGAGCCGCCCGAGGGGCCGCUGGACGCGCCGCCGCCGCCCGUGGAGGAUCUGCGCGCCCGGCUGGACGCGCUAUGGCGGGACCUGGCGCUGAGCCUGAGCGAGCGGGGCGGGGAGGGCCCCGGGGGGGAUCCCGGGGAGGGUCUCGGGGAAGGCCCCAGUGCGGGCCCGGGGCAGCUCCUGCGCUGA